CAUACCUCCAACACCAUUGCCCCUGUCCGCCCUUUGCCUGCAGCACGGACUGUUGGGCGCGUCCCAGAAAAAUCUGUCAGGCUGACACCGGACGGGCAACGCACCCAACACUGACCCAAUCAUUCGGGCGCCAAAACAUUUGCCAUUAAAUAACCCGCGCCGCUCGCAUUAUCGUGGCAACCAGCCCCGGCCAGCCAGUUCCAAGCUCACUUCGGCCGUCGCCUCCCUUGCUUACCAAGCACUGGCAAGGAAAGCCUCGGCCUACCUCCACCCGUGCUCCACCACAAUGGAGGCUCCUCUCCUCCUCCCCGUUUCCACCGCCGCCGCCACCUCCUCGUCCUCCGUCGACAUCGACGACAUCACCGUCGACGCUGCCCCGGCCCCUCCGGCGGCGCCCUCCUCCACACCACCUUCCACGCAAAGCAUCGUCUUCCGCGUCGUGGCCGUGAUCGCAGUGGCGUGCGCGUCCCUGUUCGCGCAGCACGAGGCCGCCAGGGGCUUCGGCAUCGACGUCGUGAGCGCGGGCGGCGCUGGCGCCGGCGCCGACGGCCGCCGGUUCGACCUCUUCUUCGUGUCCAACGGCCGCGCCGAGCGCAUCCUGCUCCACGCCAGCCGCGGCGUGGAGCGCGCGCUCUUCCCGGACGCGUCGUUCCCGCGCAAGGAGGUCCGGCGCGUCACCGUCAAGAUGGCCGGGUACAACCUCACCGCGGGCGCCACGGUGGACGCCGCCGCGGCGCCCGGCGAGUACGUCGUCUCCCUGAGCCCCGCGCUCGUGUCCGGCACCGGCACCGGCGCGGACGCCGCCGACGCCGUGGCCGCCGCGGUGCGCCGCGCCGUCGCGCGCAUGUGGCUGUGGGACGGCCGCGGCGCCGCGCCCGCGCGCGUGACCGAGGCCAUGGUGGAGUACCUCGUCUCCGCCGCCGAGGUAGCGGCGUCGGCGCCUCUGUCGUCGUCAGAGGAGGAAGACGGGGAGCCCCGGUGCAUGUCGGCACGGUUCCUGAGGCACCUCGAGGGCCAGCGCGAGGGCUUCGUCGCCCGGCUGAACCGGGCGAUGAGGGACCGGUGGAGCGACGUCGCCGUGGACGCGGCGCUCGGCACGCCGGCGCGCCACGCCUGCGCGGCCUACCGCACGGCGACGACGUCGUCAUCGACCGGCCAGCAGGACCCCGCCACCACCCCUCUGGCCGCCUCCACGUCCGACGCCACCCGUGGGUCCAGCGUGGCAACGUGAGGCUCGGGAAGCAAGGGCAGUUCCGGUAUUGUACACGCCCAUGUGCGCCAGUAGUUGGAGUUGCUCUUGAGUCACUAACGUGUGGGUCCGGUCCCACAUGUCAGUGACCCAACUGCAGACAAUAGUACUGCAGAGGAACCACCUCCGUGCGCCGGCGUCCGUUGUAUAUUAAACCCGCCAUUAGCAUCGGUUAAGCGCGGGGUGUGGGCCAUGCCCGCGGCCCUAAUCGUGGCCGGAGGUGAGUGAGUGGUCGCAGUCACCGUAGUUUCUUACGCAUUGUAGAUGGCUUGUAAUGAUCCUGUAGUGUGAUUAUGAUCGUACCAAUGUGAUGUGAGGAACAGAUUUUUUGUCUGUAGACGUGGGUGAUCGUGGUGGUUGAUAAUGAUACGAGGAAGGUUCUAGGGCACCUUAUUUUGUGACCAAA